GGUAAGAUGACCCACAGGAAGUCAUGGUGACUACACAGAGCUGAAAGUGAUUGUCCCACUACUCUUCAGAUCAGGUCAGACUCUUUGGUGGACAUGGUUUUAAGGAAUGAUGGUGAGAAGGAGCUCUCACCUCCCAUUUGGUGCAGUUCUAAAGGGAUGCAAAGCACUAAAGAUUGUGUUAAUACACCAGAAGGAGCAACUGCAUGGUUUGGCCCGAAUCCUCCACAGAAAAACAUCAUCCAACUAGACCAAACAGACAAUCUGAAGACCUUCCUGAAGGGGGAGCCCCAAAUACUGGGGGUGGCUCAGAUCCUGAUUGGUUUGAUGAAAGUGUGCCUAUUUGCUAUAGGUCUGCGUUUUCAUUCUUCUGACUUUUCCCAUUGGUGUUAUUCCCUAGCCAUGGACUCAGGAUAUCUCAUAUGGGGAUCCUUAUUUUUCUUUGUGUCUGGAGCUGUGUCUAUUGCUGCUGGAAGAAACAUGACAUUAAACCUGAUCAAAGGCAGCCUGGGAGUGAACAUACUCAGUGCUGUGGUUGGGGGAGUAGGGAUAAUCUUGUCAACAGUAGAACUGACUGUGGUACAUGGAUUGGAAAAAAGUUGUCUUAUUCUUAGGGCACUUGAGAUUGGGCUACUAGUCCUCUCCCUGCUGGAAGUCAGCAUUGCUAUCUCUCUCUCUGUGUUUGGGUGCAAGGUGACCUGCUUUGUCACACAGGUGGUGGUUAUUCAGCCAAACAAUGACAAGGUGCCCUCAGUAAUGGCCCCUUAUGAACAUAUUUAUGAGGACCUGAAGUUUUAACAAGAUAGUUCCUGCUUUUAGAAAAAUUAUUCAUUGAGUAUCACUAGGUCAAUAAUAACCUGCCUGCCAGAAAGCAGUCACAUUUGUGCAUGGGAACAUAGUUAUUACAAAACCAAAUAAAAUACAU